UGAAGAGGAUUAUUGAGGGAUUUAUUUAUGAUUUAACAUUGUUUAAUCAACACGACUAAAGUGAAUUUCCGGUGACAACAUCAACAACUUGAUUGAACAUAUUCAUACGUAUCGGAUUUUCAGAUGCAUUAAACGUUCAAUAUGACUAAUGCAUACUCGUUUGACGGUGUGCUGGUAUUCAGCAUGCUGGUGAUAUGUACAUGUGCCUACAUGAGGCGGGUCCCAAGGCUGAAACAAUGGUUCCUUUCAGAAAAGAAGGGAUUUCUUGGCGUGUUUUACAAAGCAUCUGUGAUUGGAACUAGACUUCACAUACCAGUGGCUUUAUCACUGACACUGAUGGCAAUAUAUGUGAUGUUCUUGAAAUAGCACAACCUUGAAAGUGUUCCUAAUUCGAUAUAGUGCUUCAAUCAUCCUUUACACCGUGACAUGUCAUCCUCCACUCGCCCAUGAUUGUUCACUCAAGAUCAGGUGUGCUACAAGCUGUCAGUGUGGGCAGACCGAUGCAGAAGAUCACAUCUUGAAUCUCUGGAUAUCAAGGAUGAGUUCAUAUAUUUAUUUCAGUUUUGAUAUUUAUUAUUUUGACUUAAUUCAGUGUAACUAUUUUCUUUCGUUAGUACAUGUAUAAUGUAGUGUUUUUGUUUCAUGGUAACAUACCUUAAAAUUAAUCCGGGAUACCCAUGAUAUUUAUUAUGUAUAUUCUAGAGAGUAAUCGGAAUACCGAUUGGUACAAUGUUAAAAAAUAACAGUAUGUUAAUCUGAAAUAGUCAAUAAACUAUUUGUUGUGUUAAGCAUAUCUUCAUACUUACAUUUGUGGUAUAUAAUUUCAAUGGAACAUACAUACAGUUUACAUGUUAGAUGUAUAGUUGUAUAAUGCUUACUGUAUAUGAGGGUUGUAUUGUAUUAUCAUGUUUCAAUUAUUGCCAUGUUGUAUGAAAAUAUGCUUGGGUGAAAAAUAUCAUUGUUCAUGCACAUUUGAUUGUACAUUGUGAUCAGUAUUUGGUGUGUGAAGUCUUCAUGUACUGGUAUGAUUGAAAAAAAAGUAUUAUUUCACAUUAUAAAUGCCUUUUUGUGAUUGUUGAUAUGAUAACAUAAAAAUGUUAAAGAAUUAUAGUGUACUCAAUGUACUAAAAUCAUCUAAAUGCUCAUAAUGAUGUUCUUGUAUUAUUCAUGUGUUAAUUAUCAAUCAAGAUUGAAUUUUUUUUUCCUGUUUGUCCUGAUCAUCUUUAAAACUUUAAAUGUUAAUCAUAACUGCAUAUUUUUGGCCUAUCGCUCAGAGCAUGCCUUCUAUUUCUACACAUCAUUUGUUUGUAAUCAUUAUCCUGGUUUUUGUAUGUAAGUGAAUUGAGGGAGAGUUAAAUUUAUAUGUUUUAUGAUGUUCUAGAAGAUGAAGAAACUGUUCAAGUGAAGUCAUACUGAGUCUUAAAUAUCUCCAGUGAUAGCAACAUUAAAUGGCAUAUUCUUUUUUUCCUCCUGAUGGAAGAGCACACUAUAUAAACAUGUGCAUAGUGGAAUGCAAGAGUAGAUGUGGUUCAUAAUUGAUGUAAACUGCAUGAAAUACCAGUAGUCAAACUUUUGAUUUGUAUAAAUGAAUGUCUUAUAAUGCGCAGUUACCUCUCCUCUUCUAUAUAUAAUUAAGCUUUCUAUGCUGCAUGUUGAUCAUCAGGGAUGACUUUUAAUCUUAUUUAAACUAAAUUUUAAGUAAAACUAAAAGCCAUUUUUUCCUUUGACAGUGGCCUGUUUCAAUAAAGAUUGUGGUUGAUUUGAAUCAUAAAUUAUAAUAAUAUUUAUGUUAUAUUUUGCUUUUUUGCUACCUUCAUUCAAAACUCUUUGGCUCGAACUCGCUUGGCUCGAAUUCCUCGUAGGCUCAAACUUGAUUUAGAGGACUGAUUUCUUUAAACUGAAGGUAAACAAUCCCGCUUGGCUCGAAUUUUCCGACAUUCAAAGUACUUUCGCCGGUCCCUUGGAGUUCGAGCUAACGGGGUUCGACUGUAUAUGUGUUAAUUGAACUUGAGCCAUUUCUAAGAAUUAACUUUGAGUUGAGGGAAAAAAAUCAAUGUGUUGCCAUUUGUGUUGUGAUGACAUCAAGAUUUAUUAUUAUUAAGAUCCUUUAAAAUCUAAAACAGUCCACUGGCUAUUAGGUUUGACCUUCAUAAUGGCACCAAUUUGUGGUUAUGGAACUUUUUUAUGCUCCUGGUUGAUUUCUAAAUAUUUGUCAUUGAAUUUUGUCACGGUUGAUAGAAUUUGUAUUCAAUAUGAAAUAGUUCUUGGGAAAAUGGAAAAAAUGGGUUAUUAAAAUAUGCUAAAAGGAUUGUUAUAGUACUAUUACUAGUAUUAAGUAUAUUGGCAGACAUUGCUCCUUUAUUCUGCUAGUAUAGUUUUGUUGGAAAUUUUAAGUGUUUUAUUGUACAAUUAUUAUUUUUGGGAUCUACUUUUAUCACAUGGCAUGGCUUGUUUCCAGUGUAAUACAAUCAUUACAUAUUUUCUUGUAUUACAAUAGUUUUCUACUACCGGUAAAUUGACUUUGACGCAUUCAAUGUCAACAUUUUACUCAAAGUGAAUAAAAUCUUCAUUUUUGGCAAAAAAUGUGUCAUCGGAUAAUAAGAAUCUUGCAUUCAUUGCCAUUUAGUUCAUAUGCUUAUGAAAAGUUGCCAAAACCUUGCUUAAUAACUUUUCCCAAACUCGUUUCAUACUGUUAUGAAAUGUCAAUGAAUGUUGGAUCCUAUUUAUUUGAAAUAAAAUGCAAACAAUGUAUUUAACAAUUUUCUUGAAGGGAGAAAAUUAAUGUUUAUUUAAUGCAAUAUGCAUGUAUAAACUUUGACUGUGAUGACAAUUACAAAAAAUAAAUUAUAAAAACCUG